AUGACGAGCCCGGCUAGCAACACCGGUCUCGAUGGCCUCAGGCCUCAUUCUUGUGUCCUUUGUCAGAAACGAAAAGUCAAAUGCGACCGGACAACUCCAUGUUCGGGAUGUGUCAAGGCGCAGGUUGAAUGUGAAUAUCGAGACCCGGUUCCCCCUCGAAGGCGUAAGAAGAAGCUGCCUGAGGCUGCAAUGGUUGCCCGGCUCAGACGCUAUGAAGAUGUCAUACGAAAAGCCGGUAUAGAUACAUCUCUACUUGAAGAAGAUAGUCGAGGAGAAUCACUCCCUAUUCGACAACCAAUCUCUGCCGAGAGUCGUCUUGAAUAUUCAAGCCCUCCGAGCUUCAACGCCCCCAUAUCUGUCCCAUCCGGGAACACCUCAAAAUCUGGCCCUGGUAAAUUCAUAUCCAGAGAAGGACGAUCCCUGUACCUUGAUAAUAAUCUAUGGAAAAGUGUCAGUAAUGAACUUCAAGACGCUGAAGGCAUACUUCCUGAGGGAUCCACCGAUUCCAUCUUAGGCCCUAAUGAACAUGAAGUGGAAGACGCGAACGGCGACUUUCUUUUCGUUGGAAAACCCUCGCGACAAAGCCUCACGCAUCUCCAUCCAGAUCCACUACAAAUAUUCAAACUCUGGCAGAUGUUUCUUGACGGCGUCAAUCCAUUAACCAAAUUCAUCCAUGCUCCCACAUUACAACAACAAAUACUAAACGCCACCAGCGAUCUAAGCUCUAUAUCACGGCCGCUUGAAGCUUUGAUGUUUGCGAUCUACUGUGCGGCACUUUUGCCCAUGCAAGAUGACGAAGCUCGAAAGUCGUUUCACGAGUCCAAAUCUACGCUUAUGGCCCGAUACCGCCAAGCUGCGCAACAGGCUUUAGUGAACGCUGGAGUUCUCGGGACGUCGGACCUGAUGGUUCUCCAAGCGUUUCUCCUCUUUAUAAUUUCUGCGCGGCUUGCGUAUAGCCCCCACGUGCUAUGGUCCAUGUCUGGCAUUUGCAUUCGAAUUGGCCAACGCAUCGGACUUCACAGAGACGGUUCGAAACUCGGCCUGUCAGUCUUCGAAACUGAAAUGCGUCGACGAAUAUGGUGGAGGUCUAUGGUCACAGACACUACAAUUGGUCAUAUGGCUGGCUGCGAGUCGUUCUUCUCAGAUACUGAAGAUGUGAAAUUACCGUCUAAUGUAAAUGACAGUGCACUCGACCCAGAUAUGACAGAACCUCCUGUUGAAUUAGCCGGUGCGACCGAAAUGACUUUUUGUCUCUUAGGUUAUGAAAUGGGCGUUUGGCUACUCAAGAAUUCCAAAUCGAAAACGUCGACUUUUGACGGAUAUUGGCAAUUCGUUAAUUCUAGUUCUGUCCCCCUUGACCAAAAGGACCAACUAAUUGACGAAUUGGAAACCAUGUUGGAGACACGAUAUGUUAGAUACUGCGACCCGUCAAUUCCUCUCCAUCUCGUUUCUCGUAUAGUUGCCGGCUCUGUUGUGACGCUUGCUAGAAUACGUGCACACCAUCCAAGACGAUAUCAGGAAAAAGGAGAGGAAGUGCCCCAGGCCGAAAGAGAGUUGUUGUUCAAACUCUGCAAACACCUUGUCGAGUGCGCCAAUAUUCUGUUUGUAACAAGAAAAGCGCAGAGAUUCUUUUGGCAUAUUGAUUUUCAUUUUCCAUGGGAAUCGAUUAUCGUUAUGUUGUCUGAGCUGCGUCAUCGGUCUAUUGGCAAAGAUGUUGCGGAAGGCUGGGUAUUGGUUAACACAGCAUUGCAACGACAAUUCAAGAGCCUGCAUCAACCCAGGAAAAACCCUCUACACCUUGCAGUUGCUAAUCUCGCUAUCAAGGCUUGGUCUGCCCAUGUUGCUGAAUCCGAGCGUCGUCGGGUUCCACCUGUGCCUCAACCAGAAAUUAUUACCAAAUUUUGGAUUUACACUCAAGGUUAUAAGAGUUCGAACCCUUCCCGUACUACUAAUGAUACUGCUGUCCAUUUUACUCCUGCAACCACCCCUGUGAAAAAUAAGUAUUCAUUCCCUACAGGGCAAAGAGCGACACCGUCGGAUACAGUAGCUACAGCCAGUGAAGGCGACACUGCGUUGCAAAAUAAUAUCAAUAACCAAAGCACUGGACUAUCUCCUACUGAUUGGAAUUACAGAACGGAUUCUGUGAAUUUUGAUUUAGAUAUGAGUGCUAUAACCGAGCUAUAUCCUACCGAUGACAGUCCUAUGAAUUGGGUUGAGUGGGAUGAUUUGAUUCAGCAAUUUCAGCAACAGAAAGAUGUGGAUAUGGAUAUGGAUCUUCCACCUUCAUUUGGAUGA